CCGCGAGCACAAACACAGCAAUACCAACAUAGCUUUCAAAGUUAAUGCAGCUCUUCACGUCCGCGCUUUAAAACUUGUUUACUAAUUACUACGUUGUUGUUGUUGUUGUUGUUGUUUUUUUCCGGAAAGAUGGGGGUUCCAAAAUUUUAUAGAUGGAUAUCCGAGCGAUAUCCAUGUUUGAGCGAAGUUGUGAAGGAGCACCAGAUACCGGAGUUUGAUAAUUUGUAUCUGGAUAUGAAUGGAAUCAUCCACCAGUGCUCACACCCUAAUGAUGAGGACGUGCACUUCCGUAUCACAGAGGAGAAGAUUUUUGCAGAUAUUUUCCACUACCUUGAAGUGCUGUUUCGCAUCAUCAAGCCCAGGAAGGUUUUUUUCAUGGCUGUGGAUGGUGUCGCACCCAGGGCCAAAAUGAACCAGCAGCGUGGCAGAAGGUUCAGAUCAGCAAAAGAAGCAGAAGAUAAAAUAAAGAAGGCUCUGGAGAAAGGAGAGGUUUUACCCACAGAAGCCCGAUUCGACUCCAAUUGCAUCACACCCGGUACGGAGUUCAUGACUCGGCUUCACAAACAUCUACAAUUCUUUGUGCAGAAAAAGCUGUCCACAGACCGACUGUGGCAGGGAGUGAGAGUGUAUCUGUCUGGUCAUGAGACUCCAGGAGAAGGAGAGCACAAGAUCAUGGAGUUCAUUCGGUCAGAGAGCGCUAAACCGGACCACGAUCCUAACACACGGCACUGUCUGUACGGCCUGGACGCUGACCUGAUAAUGCUGGGUCUGACAAGUCAUGAGCCUCAUUUCUCUUUGCUCAGAGAGGAGGUACGCUUUGGGGGGAAAAAGAAUCAGAAGAGAAUAACAGCUCCAGAGGAGACGACGUUCCACCUGCUCCAUCUUUCCCUCAUGAGGGAGUACAUUGACUAUGAGUUCUCUUCAUUGAGGGAGAGGAUCUCGUUUGUGUAUGAUCUGGAGCGGAUUAUAGAUGACUGGAUCCUAAUGGGCUUCCUUGUGGGAAAUGACUUCAUCCCCCACUUACCUCACCUGCAUAUUAACCAGGAUGCUCUACCCCUGCUCUACAGAACAUACAUCACAGUCUUGCCCUCACUUGGGGGAUACCUGAAUGAAAACGGGCAUCUAAAUCUGGCCCACUUUGAGAAGUAUCUUGAGAAGCUGGCAGAGUUUGACCGCGAGCACUUCAGCGACGUGUUUGUGGACCUGAAGUGGUUCGAGAGCAAAGUGGGGAACAAAUAUGUGAAUGAAGCGGCUGGUAUCGCUGCCGAGGAAGAGCUGGGCAGACAGGGCAGGAGGAACAAGCUGUUUAAAGACUCUCUCAGUUUGGCAGCUUUGGAUGGAGACAAAGACUCGCGCUGUUCAGGAAGAGCAGAAGGCACAGAGGAGGACGGUGAGGACGAGGACAUGUUUGAGGCGGAGUUUCGGCAGUAUAAGAGAACGUACUACAUGACCAAGAUGAACGUGGAGGUGGUCUCUGAUGAGUUUUUGGCCAGUCAGGCUCGCUGCUAUGUCGAGGGAAUCCAGUGGAUCCUGCAUUAUUACUAUCAUGGGGUUCAGUCCUGGAGCUGGUAUUACCCAUAUCACUACGCACCCUUCCUCUCUGACGUGAGGAACAUCUCUGACCUCACUUUGACCUUUGACAUGGGAAAACCCUUCCUGCCCUUUGAACAACUGCUGGGUGUUUUACCUUCAGCUAGCAAAGAGCUGCUGCCUAAAUGUUACCAGCACCUGAUGACAUCUGUGAACUCACCGAUUAUUGAGUAUUACCCCGUGGACUUUAAGACAGACCUGAACGGGAAGCAGCAGGAGUGGGAGGCCGUCGUCCUCAUCCCCUUCAUCGACGAGAAACUGUUGCUGGCAGCCAUGGCCCCCAACACAGAAAGUAUGAGUAAAUCGGAGCAAGCGAGGAACACACACAGAGAGUGUGCAGUGUACUGCUAUGACAAAGAGCUCGACUUUCCACUGACUUCACCACUGCCUGAGGUCUUCCCCAGUGUCUCACACUGCCACGCAAGGUGCACACUGGUGCCCAUGGAUGCCUGGCGAGUGCCCCUGCACACAGUCAUACGCAGAAUCGACCGCAGCUCGCUGUAUUUCUGCGGCUUUCCCACCUUGCAACACAUCAAACAUAAAUUCUACAAGAAGAAGAGCGGUGUGGUCGUGUUCCAGCAGAGCAGCCGAGGAGAAAACAUGAUAUUGGAGAUUGUAUCUAGCCAGCAGGGGGAGCCAGUUCUGGAGGAUGUGGCGGACCUCGUGUUGGGGAAGAGUGUGUUCGUGAACUGGCCUCACCUGGAGGAGGCACGCGUGGUCGCCGUGUCGGACGGAGAGGCAAAGUUUUUCCUUGAUGAGGCGACAGGAGCACAGAAGCUGUUUGAGGACACGCCUCCUCCCGUUAAAGUGGUGUAUCUGAGCGAUAAAGAGCAGAAGGAUUGGGUUAAAGAUGUGCAGGGCAUCACAGAGCACCACAGUAAGCGUAAAGGUGUGGUGAUAAAAGAAACAUCAGUGCUGCUGUACGCUCAGCUCCUCACGGGCAGGAAGUACGUGAUCUCCCCGAACGCUCAGGUCCAUCUGGAGAAACAGUGGGCCAAACAGAUCCUGCCCUUUGCUUACCAAACCAUCGUGAAGGACAUCACGGCUUUCGAUUCGUCCUUGUCUCGGUUUAAAACGCUGGAGGAACUUUUCCCCGUCUCCACCACUGUAUUCAUGGUGGGAAACACGUAUUAUGGCUCGAUGGGAGAGGUGCAAGAUUCUAGUGAUGUCAUCAGCGAGGGACGUGUGCGGGUGGUCUUUACUGUGCCGUGUGAACCUCACCUUGAUGCCUUAAUUCAGAACCAGCAUAAAUACUCCAUAAAGUACAGUCCCGGCUACGUUCUGGCCUCGCGCCUCGGCAUCACCAGCUACCUCGUCUCCAGGUUCUCUGGGAGCAUCUUCAUCGGCAGAGGAUCAAAGAGGAAUCCUCAUGGCGAGCAGAGAGCCAACGUGGGUCUGAAUCUGAAGUUUAAUAAGAAGAAUGAGGAGGUUCCUGGCUACACCAAGAGAACAGAGAAGGAGUGGCUGUACUCGGCUGCUGUAGAGGAGCUGUUAGCUGAGUAUCUGGAGCGCUUCUCCGAGGUGUUCGAUUAUGUGUCCAGGAACAGCCAUGAUGAUUUAUUCUAUGAGGAUGAUAUCUGGCCAGGAGACGAUGAGAAUGGGUAAAUCUUUCUCUCUGUCUCUCUCACUCA